AUGGCUAAGAAGGCACGCCAGAGAAUCAGCUAUGUCCUCGAAAAUGCCAAAUCAUCUGAAGGCGGCCAUCGUCUAGGUGUCAAUGGCCUUGCCAUCGACAACGACAAUGCGAUUCUAUAUUCAGGUGGCCGAGAUGGCAUAGUAUGCGCUUGGGAUCUGAACCUCGACCUCAAAAGCCGCAGCGAUGUUACCGACCCGACGCCUGCCAAUUCCGAAGACAAGAAGCCGAAGCACACGACCAAGUUUCGCGCUCAAACCCAUGCCCAUAUGCACUGGAUCAACGACAUUGCCCUCGCUCAGAACAAUACUGCCCUGGUAUCUGGCUCAUCCGACCUUACAGUAAAGGUUUGGCGACCGUAUUCCGAAGAGGACAAAAACCGCACCGCGACAAUAGGCGAACAUGCUGAUUAUGUCAAAUGUGUUACAACUCCGCCCCCAGAUAUGGGCGCAAAUUGGGUCGCAUCUGGUGGCCUUGACCGCAAAAUAUGCUUAUGGGAUCUUAAUGGCGCUGGGAAAACACUCGAGAUCGAUGUACAGGGAGAAGAAAUUGCUGAGAAAGGUUCUGUAUAUGCCCUUCGCGUGGGGAGAAAUAUCAUGGCCAGUGGCGGUCCCGAGAAGACGGUACGCUUAUACGAUCCCCGAACUGGUGACAAGGUUUCAAAACUUGUUGGUCAUGUCGACAAUAUCCGCGCUAUUCUCAUAGACGAUGCUGGCGACACGAUUUUGAGUGCCAGUGCCGACAAAACGGUCAAGAUGUGGAGUAUCAAGAACGGUCGAUGCAUGUAUACUUUCUCCAUGCAUGACGAGAGUGUUUGGUCGCUGUUCUCAGACGACCCAAGCCUAGGUGUAUUCUACAGCUCUGAUCGCUCGGGCUUGGUCGCCAAAACAGAUGUGCGCGGUAGCCUUGAGGAUAUGGACGAUGGCCUGAGUCUUGCUGUAGCGCAUGAACACAUAGGAGUGGGCAAGGUUGUCGCAGCUGGAGGUCAUAUCUGGACAGCAACGAAUAGGUCAUCAAUCAAUCGAUGGGAAGACGUUGACACGGGCACCAACAUACAGCUUCCGGAGUCUGUUCGACACCACAGAGCUACAUCGAACGCUUCAAGCAGACCCCGCGAGACUUCUCCUCCGGCUACUACUAACGGAACUACAAAGAAGGAGAUACCAGCUGAAUCUAUCUUGCGUAUCUCUGCAGCUGCUUCUUUCCCUGCGCGAUCUGGUCCAGAUCCCGACUCUGCCACCAUCACGGAUGCUACUGCACGGAAAGGAUCCGAAGCCAUCAUAGACUCUUCAGAGCCUGAAAUCAAACCCAUCCAUGCAGUUGCCGAGGAAACGAUCGAGGGACAAUUCGGAUUGCUCAAGCAUAGGCUACUCAACGAUAGGAGACGUGUGUUGACGUCAGACACCGCUGGCGACGUAUUGCUAUGGGAUUUGAUCCAGCAUCUGGAGGAUGUGGAGCAUCUCGUCAACACUGUUGAAGCCGUGGCUCCUUGGUGCUCUAUCGAUCUCAGCUCAGGAAAUCUGACCGUGGUUCUGGAGCCUUUCAAUUGUUUCGAUGCCGAAGUAUAUGCAGACGAGCUAGAUUUGCCAGAUAACAUAGAAUUUCGAGAGGAUCAGAGAAUCAGCCUUGGAAAAUGGAUCCUUCGGUAUCUCUUUGCCGAUCUCAUUGAUGAGGAGAUCAGAAGAGAUGAGGCACACCGUCAGAAGCUCAAUGAGGGUCUUGAGGCAAGGCAGGUUGCCAGUGGAGGACCUGUUGACACUGCUCCAUUAUCGAUAUCAUUACCAAAGUCAGUCAUCCCGGACUGGGAUAACGCAGACCAGGUUACUCCAAAGCCAAAUCUCUAUCCCAAUACUCCAGGUUUAGGGAUUGGUUUGGCAACACCUGGUCCAAGUAUCAUGUCAGGCCAAAACAGCUUGCCCGAUGUUCCUGAAAACGCGGCCACAAGUCCAAUGACUCCUAUAGAAAAGAGAACCUCGCACGUCAGCCGUCCUUCGACGGAGAAGGAAGACUACUUUACAAGCCCCCUACAACUGCUUGAAUCAGCAGUCAAGGCAGCGAGCAUGGUGUCAACCCCCACGCAGAAUGAGGCGGACUCGAAGAAGUCCAUAGAUGGUGAUAAAGAGAAGGAUAAAGAUAAGGACAAGGCAGACAGCGCAAAAUCCCCAAGCACACCAUUUGGCAAGAAGAAGUUCAGGAUGACUUUUGGUACCAAGAAGCUUUCGCGAUCAGCUUCUCAGGCCACCACAGAGAAGCCUGCGAUUGUGGAGGAAAAGACAGAAGAGUCUGAGUCUUCAUCUGUCCAUGAAAAGGAAAAGGAGGUUGAUGACAGUUUCUUUGGUACGAUUCAGAAGAUCCAUCAGGAAUACGAGCGGCAACUAGCCGACAACCCUGACAAGCCGGUCGAGUCACGAGUGGUACCCAGUUUGCCUAGCGAUACACCCGUCCUGAAGCUCCCGCCAGGAACUAAGGUGGUUAUCCAAGAAGAGACUACAGGUGGCAGCGCCAACUUGUACCAGGGCACUGUCCAGGAUGUUGGCAAGGAUGCAGACCUUAUCGAACAGAAGGCUCCCAUGUGGCUGGGUGAUGUUCUUCUUCAAAACACACUGCCCUUCAAAGAACCUGUAAAGGUCUCGUUUGUCUUGUAUCCGAUGGAUGACAGUCUGCCAGCUAUUGCUUCAGCCGAUGGAAACAACAGGCUCAAUGCUAACCGCAUGCUUCGAGUUAAAAAGAUUCUCUCGUAUGUUGCAGAAAGGAUUGAGCCUCCACUUGAGGAGCCUGAGGUGAACCCUAUGAAGCCAGAGGAGUACUUAGAACUGUACUGCAACGAACAGUUACUUUCCCCUGCUACGACACUGGCCACCCUUCGAACUCAUCUGUGGAAGGGAGGUAAUGAUAUUGUCCUUCAUUACAAGGCCAAUGGCAAAAAGGAGAUUCGACCAUUCCCUCCGCCUCCAGAGCCUAAGCCUGCGGAGCCCGAAGAAACUCAAGAAGGGGCCGUAGCUGAAGAGGCAAAUACUAAUGGUCAGGUUCCUGCUCAGCCUCAAGCCCAAGCCCAAGCCAGCUGA